UCCAGGGGCCCCCGCCAAGGAGGGGUCGCUUGGGCAUCGGCCCCUGCCCCCAUGCCAUGCGCGAUGGUGGGGAGCUGCCCGCUGGCGCUUUAGGCGGAGUGCUGGCAGCGGCCGUCGUGGGUGCCCUUGGCUGGGUGUGGCUGCGGUUCCGGCGGGUCGGCGUGUUCCCCUGCUGGCAGGUGGCCCGCGCGCUGGCGCGCCUGAUGCUCGCGGGCCAGGCGGACACGCAGGCCACGGCGCCCGAGCGCGUCCUCAUCUCGGCGGCCGAGCGCCCCGGCGCGCCGCCCUCCGACUCGGAGGUGGACAGGUCCCGGGAGCUGCGGCAGGAGGGCAACGCGGCAUACGCCGACGGGCGUUUCGAAGAGGCCGUUGUCCACUACAGCGAGGCGGCACUGCUUAACCCCAGCGAUCACCUCCUGUACUCGAACAGGAGCGCCUGCUGGCUGCGCCUGUCUCGGCCCGUGGAGGCGCUGGACGACGCGGAGCUCUGCACGAAGCUGGCGCCCGACUUCUCCAGGGGGUUCCUGCGGAAGGGGGACGCCGAGAAGCGGCUCGACAGGAGAGUGGACGCGCAGGCCUCCUUCCGCCGCGGCCUGGAGAAGGAGCCGGAGAGCGCGGCGCUGCAGCACGCGCUGGGCGAGCUGCGCGCCGACGCCGGCGGCGGGCUGCAGGCCACCCUGUACCACGUGCUGUUUGUGUCGCCCGAGCUGCAGAUGGACAGGCUCUUCCAGGUCCUCGAAGACCCCGAGCGUCUGACGCCCGCGUACGUGGAGCAGCACAAGGUGGAGCUGGACGCGCAGUACGAGUGCCUCAACCAGACGCUGCGCGUGGACCUGAGCCUCCUACUCGCGUCCCCGGUGCUCCGGGACGCGUACGACCGCGUCACGUUCGCCUGCGGCCAGCUGCUCCAGUGGGCCCCCGAGGCCGUCAGCAGGCACCUGCCGCAGGCGUGGCGCAUCGUGGAGGGCCUGGGCCUGGCGCUGCGCGUGGGCUGGAGCAUCCACCACGGCGUGGCCAAGUUCUCCGCCAACGCCCUGACCAUCCUCGCCACCUCCGACGGCGCCCACGACGGGCUGCGGCGGGAGGCCGUGAGGCAGCUGCUGGGCGGCAUGCUCCGCUGGCUGCUGGACCCCUCGCCCGAGCCCGAGAACCCGCCGGAGGACCGCGACGUGUGCGGGGAGCAGGGGGUCUGCCUGGUGAGCGCCAACGCCAUCACCGCCCACAAGGUGAUGCUGACGGACGUGGCGGGCAAGGGCCACUUCUGCCACAGCCACUUUGCUGGCGGCGCCCUCGCGGGCGCCGCCGCGGGCGGCCUCUUGGGCUUCAAGAUAUCGGGGAGCGAGAGCAACGACGCAGGCAUAGCUGGUUCGGCUUGCUCGGCCCUCACGACGGUGGUGGGCGCCGUCGGGGGCGCCGUGGCCGCCCACGCGGCCAGCGGCGCCCUCGGCGCGAGCUGCGGAGGGGUCGCCGUCGUGAUCUAUUCCCUGAGGAAGGUGGAGUUUGACUCGAAGGACCCCCAGGCGCUGCGCACCAUGGGCACCGGUCUGACGGCGACGACCCGGAAGGGGACCGUGGCCGUCAGGAUCGGGAUGAACGGCCACAGCCUCGUCCUCGCGUCCACCCACGGCACCGAGGGCGUGCGCGCCAAGGAGCGGUCCGCGCAGUGCCCGGCCGGCAGCGACGAGGCAGAGGGCGGCCUGGCGGAGGAGAGAGACGCCGCGUCGAGGACUUCCGCACCGCGCUCGGGCUCAUCGGCGAGCUUCGCGGGGGCGGCGCAGGCGUGCUCUGGGGCGGCGACUUCAACCCCCGCACGGUGGAGCCGAGUGGGCCCAGGGCGGGCUGCCCCGUGUGGCCGAGGGGCGCCGCCUUCGCCGUUGAGGACCUCGCACGCCUGGAGAGCGGCCGUGACAUCUCGGCGGCGAGCUGGCAGCCUCGUGACCUUUUCGUCGCUGCUCGAGGGGUCGGGCCUGUCCGAGGCUCGCGGCCUGAGGUGCCCCACCUACAAGAAGCAGAAGGAGUUCGGUAGCUAA